AUGUUUGUCAAAUCCGAGACCUUGGAGUUGAAGGAGGAAGAGGACGUGCUGGUCCUGCUCGGCUCGGCCUCCCCCGCCUCGGCUGCCCUCACCCCGCUGUCGUCCAGCGCCGACGAGGAGGAAGAGGAGGAGCUGGGCGCGUCGGGAGGGGCGCGACGGCAGCUUGGGGCCGAGGCCGGGCCCGGGGGGCUGGGCGGCCCGUCGGCCGGAGCUGAGGGCUGCCGGCCAGCGCGGCUGCUGGGUCUGGUGCAUGAAUGCAAGCGGCGCCCCUCCAGGGCGCGGGCCGUUUCCCGCGGCGCCAAGACAGCCGAGACCGUGCAGCGCAUCAAGAAGACCCGUAGACUGAAGGCCAACAACCGUGAGCGCAACCGCAUGCACAACCUCAAUGCGGCGCUGGACGCGUUGCGCGAGGUACUCCCCACGUUCCCGGAGGACGCCAAGCUUACCAAGAUCGAGACCCUGCGCUUUGCCCACAAUUAUAUCUGGGCGCUUACCGAGACCCUUCGCCUGGCGGACCACUGCGGGGGUGGCGGCGGAGGCCUGCCGGGGGCGCUCUUUUCCGAGACCGUGUUGCUGAGUCCGGGAAGCGCUAGCGCCUCCCUGAGCAGCAGCGGAGACAGUCCGUCGCCUGCCUCCACCUGGAGCUGCACCAACAGCCCGGCGCCGUCCUCCUCGGCGUCCUCCAACUCCACCUCCCCCUACAGCUGCACUUUAUCUCCUGCCAGCCCGGCUGGUUCUGACAUGGACUAUUGGCAGCCCCCGCCUCCCGACAAGCACCGCUACGCACCUCACCUCCCCAUAGUCAGGGACUGUAUCUAG